AUUCAUAGGUUAAAAUAUCGCCUUGACAAAGUGAAUGUUUUAAAAACAAAAUUGUCCGACUGAGAAAGGGUUUUCAAGACCAAGAUGCCCAAGAGUAUACUGAUGACCCCUGAUCCCUACCAUACCCCGGGAUAUGGUGGAUUUUGCCCGCAGUUCGAAUAUCAGAUCGGAGCCACUUUCGGAAGAACUACCUCCGAUCUUUUAACAAACAAAAAAGUUGCAAGUUCUGGACGAUUGGUGCUGGCAAAUAUUGAUCCCUCCAAAAAUGACCAACAGUCCCAGAGAGAAAGUAGAGUCAUGGGUUUAAGGAAUCGAACACAAAGCUAUGGUGAUCAGAAAAUGCUGGACAAAAUGGUUCCUGGGUAUACAGGAUAUAUUCCAAAGGGACAGCACUACUUUGGAAGCAGGUAUGCCGAGAAUUCUUUGAAUGCCCAGUCUGAUUUCGAACUCAGCAGAAGAAAGAGAAGCGAGGACCGCCAAGAACUAAGGGAUAUCGCUUCUAUACAGUCAGGAAGAAUGAAAGUAGACAAAACAACAAAUCCUAAAUUGCUGUCUGUUAAAUUUCCAAGUCCGUUGAAAGCCAUAGCGAAGGACGCCAAGCCAUAUAUAUCACAAAAUGCAUUCCAACCUGCGAUGUCGCCUUACUACAUGGACAACAGUAACCCUCAGAAGAGUUUUAUAUCUGGCUACACCGGGUUUGUUCCGCAUAUCUUGACACAGAUGAGCAAUGGACAUCCAUACCCCAUCAACACACAUCAUGCCUUGAACAGUUUCACCGAUGAUAUGAAACUGGUGAAGAAUACAAUAGGAAAAUCUGUAACCGUUGAGCGAAAAGAACCGAAAACAGAAGACAGCAACCCCAUCUAUCGCAAAGAAACUGGUCAAGUACCACACUACACCGGCCAUGUCCCAGGUGAGAAAUUUCGAUAUGGAAACACAUUCGGACAUAGCACAACAAACGCAAGACGUAAAUAAAAAUGAAAGAUAUAAUUUCACUCAAGAUGACAUUCCUGAACAUUACGAAUCAUGCAAAUAUAUAUGCAAUUUUUUAAUCAAUUGAAAAUAUAAGAAUUAUAUAUCUCAUAGU